GGAAAAAAUAUUCGCGCGAACGCUGGUGGGACACAGUGGUCGGACGUGUUUGUGUUGACACCUGUUUUAAUGCAUGGAGUACCAGCAAGGAUAGUGCCUAUUCCAUAUGCCCAAACAUGGCUGAGGGUUAAUUAUCUUCUGCAGCUAUUCGACGAAGAGUAAUUGAAAGCACGGUUUGGACACCAUGGAGGAUAUCUUGAAUAAUCAAGACUUUUGGUCCUUAAACGAGUCAUGGAAGAACUCUUCAUUCUCCAACGCGACUGAAGCGGGGAACCAAACAGUGAACCCCUUGAAGCGGAAUGAAGAGGUGGCCAGGGUGGAGGUGACAGUGCUCGCUCUGGUAUUAUUUCUAGCUCUAGCCGGUAACCUUUGCGUCUUGGUGGCUAUCCAUACAACCAAACACACCCAGUCACGAAUGUACUACUUCAUGAAGCACUUAAGUAUUGCGGAUCUUGUUGUUGCAAUAUUUCAGGUCUUGCCUCAACUUAUUUGGGACAUAACUUUUCGUUUUUAUGGACCAGAUAUUCUUUGCAGAUUAGUCAAAUACCUGCAAGUAGUUGGCAUGUUUGCAUCUACCUACAUGCUUGUAUUGAUGUCUAUAGACAGGUGUUUAGCUAUCUGCCAACCUCUACGGUCUUUACACAAGAGAAAAGACCGACUUUAUGUAGUUUCGUCAUGGCUGUUGAGCCUAUUAUUCAGUAUUCCUCAAGUGUGCAUUUUCUCCUUGAAAGAAGUUGGACCCGGAGUAUAUGACUGUUGGGGUGACUUUAUACAGCCCUGGGGUGCAAAAGCAUACAUCACUUGGAUUAGCCUAGCCAUCUAUAUAAUACCAGUGGCUAUAUUGAGUAUCUGCUAUGGACUAAUUAGUUUUAAAAUAUGGCAGAAUUUUAGACUGAAAACGAAGAAAGACCAGUGUAUCACUCUUACUCCAAAGGCAUCAAAAGGCAACGCACUUGCAAGAGUGAGCAGCGUGAAACUGAUUUCCAAAGCAAAGAUCACCACUGUGAAAAUGACAUUUGUCAUUGUGGUGGCUUAUAUCGUUUGCUGGACACCGUUUUUCUUCGUGCAGAUGUGGUCUGCGUGGGACCCAGCGGCUCCGAGGGAGGCCAUGCCCUUCAUCAUCUCCAUGCUGCUGGCCAGCCUCAACAGCUGCUGCAACCCCUGGAUCUACAUGUUCUUCGCCGGCCACCUGUUCCACGACCUGCGCCAGUCGCUGCUGUGCUGCUCGGCGCACUACCUGAAGUCGUCGCAGUGCCGCUGCGAGCGCGACCAGGACUCCAGCCGCAAGAGCAACUCCUCCACGUACGUCAUCAAAAGCACCAGCAGCCAGCGGAGCAUCACUCAGACCUCCACCACAUAG